AUGGGAAAUUCGCAAAUAAGGUCGCGUGCGGGGUGCGUGCGCGGGUGUGACGCGAGCGCUCGCCGCGGCGUCUGCAGCGCUUCUGUCGGCGGCGCCGCACGUCACGCCGUAAAGACGAGAAGCCCCCCUCGAAGCGCUGCCGGCGGCCGCUCACUGCCGACACAGCCUAUACACCGCCCCGCGCGCACCACUUGCGCCCUUACAACCCCGAGCGUGUUAGCGUCGCUUCAACACUGA